AAAAAAAAAGAAAAAGAAAAAGAAAAAGAAAAAACCCUUCUUCUCCUUUCUCUCUCUUAACACUGAAAUCUCUGCAUUUUCUUAGCUAAUUUCCCCUUGAAUCGCAUCGAUCUCUCCAAGGAAAAAGUUUACCUCGCUUUCCCUCACUUUCUCUCACUUUCUCUCACUUUCUCUCUCUCCCAAUCACAAUGAUCUAUAUCUCUCUUUCUCCUCUUUGUUUUCACUUCCUUUUUCUGAUUUCAUAAAGAUCUAGGGUUUUCCCAUUCCUAAUGACCUUCAAAUCUGAGUUUGUCUUCCUUACAUUUCUCUAUUUUGCAAUCAUUUGUUGACAAUUGAUCAUUGGCAAUCCGUUGUGUUUAUGAAUCUGGAUUUAUUAAUUCUGAUUCAUUGGAGUUGACGAUUUUUGGUGGUGGGAGCUGUGUUGAAGUUCCAGGGUUUGGUGAUCUGUGUUCGAAGUGGUGGUGUCGGUUGGUUAUGUGAAUUGGUGAGGAUGGAGACCGCUGUUGGAGAUGUGGCCUGUUUUGACGCGGAGCUGUUGCAGCUUUCGGAGAUGUCUCCGAUUGCGCUCAAAUCGUACCCGGACUUCGCUCAGAAGCUCUUUGAGCAGUGGCUUUCGCUUCCUGAUGCUAACAAGCUGGUGACAUCAUUGCUUAAUGAUGCAAAGGCUGGUAAUCCCUUGAAUGUCCCUGGGAAUUCUUCUAGUCCAAGUUCUACUACAAGCAACUCGUUACCUUCCAUGUUUCCUGCUGGAAGUGCACCUCCCCUUUCACCAAGAAGUACAUCUGGUUCUCCUCGAAUAACAAAACAAAGGCUUGGUCCAUCAAACUUGGGUUCUCCUUUGAAAGUUGUUAGUGAGCCUGUAAAAGAGGUCAUACCUCAGUUUUACUUCAAAAAUGGUCGUCCUCCACCACAUGAACUAAAAGAGAAAUUGAUAGUUCGAAUCAGUCAAUUUUUUGUUGGCCAUCCAGAUGGGCUUCAGAUGCAUGAAUUUAAACUGCUCACUAGGGAAAUCUGCAAGUUGCCUGGUUUCUUCUCCACAUCCCUUUUCAGAAAGAUUGAUGUUAAUGGCACUGGUCUUGUUACAAGAGGUGCAUUUGUUGAUUAUUGGGUCAAUGGCAACAUGUUGACCAUGGAUAUAGCAACUCAAAUAUAUACAAUAUUAAAGAAACCAGAUCUCAAAUACCUCACUCAGGAUGAUUUCAAACCUGUGCUUCGAGAAUUAUUGGCUACUCAUCCAGGUUUGGAGUUCUUACAGAGUACACCUGAAUUUCAGGAAAGAUAUGCUGAAACUGUAAUAUACAGGAUAUAUUACUACAUAAAUAGAUCUGGGAAUGGUCAUCUCACCCUUAGGGAGUUGAAACGUGGAAACUUAAUUGAUGCCAUGCAACAUGCUGAUGAGGAAGAGGACAUUAACAAAGUUCUGAGAUAUUUUUCCUAUGAACAUUUUUAUGUCAUAUACUGCAAGUUUUGGGAGCUGGAUACAGAUCAUGAUUUCUUGAUUGACAAGGAGAACCUUAUCAGAUAUGGUAACCAUGCACUUACCUACAGGAUUGUUGACAGGAUAUUUUCUCAGGUACCAAGAAAAUUCACCAGUAAGGUAGAAGGGAAGAUGGGUUAUGAAGAUUUUGUCUACUUCAUUCUAGCAGAGGAAGAUAAGCCAUCUGAGCCUAGUCUUGAGUAUUGGUUCAGAUGUAUAGAUAUGGAUGGAAAUGGAAUCAUAACUCGCAAUGAAAUGCAAUUCUUUUAUGAGGAACAGUUGCAUCGAAUGGAAUGCAUGGCUCAAGAACCUGUGCUCUUUGAGGAUAUCUUGUGUCAGAUAAUUGACAUGAUUAAACCAGAGAAUGAGAGCUAUGUUACAUUGCGUGAUCUGAAAGGUUCUAAACUUUCAGGAAGUGUUUUCAAUAUCCUUUUCAAUCUUAAUAAAUUCAUGGCCUUUGAAACUCGUGAUCCGUUCCUCAUUCGUCAGGAACGUGAGAAUCCUACUUUGACAGAAUGGGAUCGUUUUGCACAUAGAGAAUAUAUUCGGCUUUCAAUGGAAGAAGAUGUUGAGGAUGCCUCCAAUGGAAGUGCAGAAGUUUGGGAUGAAUCACUUGAGGCUCCCUUUUAAGUUACACUGGGUGGGCUACUUCACUUUAUCUGUUUCUUUUUCGUAGAGAGGAGAUCAAGUACUAGCUCUUGUUUGUUCUUAUUCAUGAAAGCUGCAUUCUCCCUCUCUCUCUCUCUCUCUCUUAUGAAAAGAACAUUGCAUUGUUAGUACAGGUGCAUGCAACGUCAU